AUGGGUUCUCUUCCACCUCAAACCGAAGAAACAUUCGACGUCCUCAUUGUGGGUGCGGGCUUGUCCGGCCUGUGCAGUCUCAUCCACCUCCGAAAACGCUUUCCCGACUGGCGCAUCAAAAUCAUUGAAGCCGGUGCGGACGUCGGAGGAACCUGGUAUUUCAACUGCUACCCUGGCUGUAGAUUCGACUCGGAAUCCCUCUCAUAUCAAUACUCAUUCGACAAAGAGCUCUUGCAGGAGUGGCACUGGAAGGAAGCCUUCUCUCCCCAGGCAGAGACAUUCAAGUACAUUCAGCGCGUCGCUGAGAAGCAUGAUUGCCGCAAGGACAUUCAGUUCAACACGCGGAUCAAAUCUGCUUACUGGAACGACGAACAGCGGACUUGGACUUUCGCGGACGAAACAGGAAACCAGUACACGACUCGGUUCUUCGUGAGCUGCAUGGGCUUCCUCUCAUCACCGACUUUGCCCGCCAUCCCGGGAGUUGAGAGUUUCAAGGGCCAAGCUUUCCACACAUCGCGCUGGCCGAGGGAAGUCGACAUCAACAGAGACUUCGUCAACAAGCGGGUCGGCGUCAUCGGCACCGGUGCUACUGGCAUCCAGACGAUCACCGCCGUGUCGAAAGUAGAAGGCAUCAAGUCACUCAGCGUUUUCCAACGGACCGCCAACUGGUCCGCUCCUCUCCGAAACUUCGAGAUCAGCCCUGAGCAGAUGUCCAAGUACAAAGCAGACUACGCCAACAUCUUCCAGGGCUGUGCGGACACACCCACCGGCUUCAUGCACAAGGCCGAUCCCCGCAAGUCGGCUGACGUCACUCAGGAAGAGCGGCUGGCGCUGUGGGACAAGCUGUAUGCUGAACCUGGGUUCGGAAAAUGGCUAGGAGUUUUCAAAGACACGUACACAGACCGACAGGCAAACGAGUUGUACUCCAAGUACAUGGCGGACAAGAUCCGCGAGCGCGUCCACGAUCCCGAGGUGGCGGAGAGCCUGAUCCCGAAGAACCACGGCUUCGGCACACGAAGGGUGCCGCUGGAGAGCGGCUACUUCGACGCGUACAACCUGCCGCACGUGCACCUCGUUGAUCUGCAGAAGACGCCCAUCUCUCGCAUCACCGAGACCGGCAUCGAGACCGCGGAUGGCAAGCACCACGACCUGGACGUCCUGAUCUACGCGACUGGAUUUGAUGCCAUAACCGGUGCGUUCAGUGCCAUUGAGUGGCACGCAAAGGACGGCCGGCCUCUUAUUGCGAGUAGCGACAGCAAAGAAGGGCAGCGGGCCAUCUGGGUCGAUCAGCGACCUGCAACGUUCCUUGGCAUGACGGUGCCGGCCAUGCCGAACACGUUCAUGGUGCUGGGGCCGCAUCAGCUAUUUGGGAAUGCCACGAGGAAUAUCGAGCAUGCGGUGGGAGUCAUCUCGGACUUGCUACAGUACUGCAAGGACAACAACAUCACCUAUGUGGAGCCAACCCAGGAGGCUGUGAAGGCAUGGACGGAGCAUGUUGUUGAGUGCAGCAAGGGGUCUUUGAUAAAUGAGGUUGACAGUUGGAUGACGGGGGUGAACAAGAACGUCAAGGGGAAGCUUGUCCGGAGCGUGGCAAGAUACGCGGGAACUGCGCAGGAGUUUCGACGACGUUGUCAAGAGUGCAAGAAGUCGGGUUACCAAGGCUUGAUUCUUGCAUAA